AAACCGAAAAUUGAUGAAAAUAUUGAUGACAAUAUUGAUGACAGUAUUGAUGAAAAUAUUGAUGAUAUAGAAUAUAAAUAUAACGAAACUAAUUUUAAAGAUUUUGAAUUAUUAUUUAAACAAGAAAAUUUUUCAACAUUAUAUGAUUUAAAAAAUUUUUUAACAAAAAAUAUAAAUAAUAUUGAAAGCUUAAGAAUUAAUAUCAAAGAUGGUAAGUUUAAGAAAAUUGAUAAUGAUCUUAUCAUGAGAGGAUUUACAGGAUUUUUUACAAUUUUAUAUAAUAAUGGAGCAAAAAUUACAACUCCUCUUUAUAAAAAUCAAGAAUUAUUU